CUGGAAAGUGUUCUUCCUGGUUCAGGUGAAAGACUCCAUCUCUAUACAGGCUUAAGCAUGUCAUUAGAGGAAAAAAAUCAGCCCUCUUACAGUAAUGUGUCCAGGUAAAGUUUUGGAUGUGCUCCAAGGUAACAUGGUAACCUGGAGCAUAUAAAUAACUCCUCAUUUAACUGAACACAAAGCAGGAAGAUUCAGAGCACAGCAGCGUGAACACGGAGGCUACAGCCAUGGAACCUGAAAACCCAGGGAUUGCAUUAAUAAUGGCACCUAUUACACUGUGUCUGGCAAUCUGCUUGGCCACUGUGAUGAACAAGUUGAGGAAGAGACGGCUUUCUCAGGAACAGAAAUAUGAAGGCAGUCACCUUAAUCGCUCGGAACUUACCAUCGGUACCCUGGUUGUGGCAGCUCUGUUAAGUGGCAUACUGUACACACUCACAGGUGAGAAUGUGAAUAACAAAACAAAUAAACAUCUGCAUGUCAUCAGUUCUGCAUUUUGGCAAUGUUUGCUUUUCAAAUGCAAUCACAGCAUGAUUCUGUAUGUGCUUACACUAUGAUGUAUGAUUCGAUGUGUUUCUUUAUCCUACCACGAAGGGCACUGUCUGGUGUCAGUGGUGUCACUGUCAGUUACUCGCAACCAUGAAGACACACCUGUGUAGCAGCUGUGGACACUACAGAUUUCUGAAUGGGUCAAUACCUGCUCAUGAGAGAGGAUCUGGAGGUUACACUUGGAGAAGUUGAUCUCAGAGAAGAAGAUCCCCAUUCUCCCAUGGUUAUUACAAUAGGAGAGGAGGAGGUUUCUCCAUGUGUUGGUCGCCUGGAGGUGGUGGAUUCAGAAGCUGAGUUUGUGCAGUGGAAGAUAAAGUAUCAGACAGUGCUGCAUUCAGAAAAAGCGUUCACUGGUACGGCAUCUCUGACUCAAGAGAGAAUCCUGCAAGAGAACAUCUCUCUUGUGCUGAAGAACACUCACCAUGAACACCAGGGUCUUUACCUAUUCAUGAAGGAUGAAGACAUCAGACUUGCCACACACAUUAAUCUCACUUUGACAGAACCCCAUUCUCCCAGUACUGUGUUUGUUAAAGCGGGUGAGGAGGUGGAUCUGCUGUGUUUUGGCCGUGUGGACUGGUUUGGUACAGAAGCUGAGUUUGUGCAGUGGAAGAUGGAGGAUCAGAUGGUUUUGCAGUGGGAAAAAGGUUCUCAGAUUGUAGGUUCUCAGUUUAGAGGUAGAGUGUCGCUGCCCAAAGAGAAAAUCUACCAAAAUAACAUCUGUCUCGUGUUGAAGAACAUAAGCCAUGCUGACCAGGGCAGUUACGAGUGCUUAUUUGUGAAGGACCAAAUCAUCAGACUGGGCACACAGAUUAACCUCACUGUGACAGAUCACAUGACCCGGUUGGAGGCGGGGUUUGGUUCCUCUGUGCUCCUCUCCCUCCACACUGUAUCUCCAGUGAUUGUGAGCUUCCUGCCUGAUGGAGGGAACGGUUCUGUGCGAGUGUGUGAGGUGGAGAAAGAGCAGAUGAAGUGUGGAGCAGCUUAUUCACACCGUACUGAUCUACAGCAGCACUCCCUGGAGCUGAGGAAGCUCUCCAUGGAGGAUUCUGGAACGUUCUCAGUGAUGGAGAGAGAAACACAGCGCACUGUCAGAGUUCUCUUCAUACACGUGUUCCCUCCAUCUACAGAUACAGGUGUGUCCAGGGAUGCAGCAACAGCACUGAUAGUAAUAAUUAUAUUGUUUGUGCUGAUUUUUGUGGCCACUGUGGUGAUGGUGAUGAGGCGGUGAAAACAGAGACUGAGGAACAGGAAGAUGAAGUCCAUCACCUGAACAGAGAUAGCAGAGAUGUGCAGCAGCCUCAUGCAGCCAACACUUUAUGAUCAGUGACACUUUGUGAGUG